CCAAGGCGGCGGAUCUUCCCCCGGACCUAGAAUUUCUCGUGUCUAGACCAAGGUCUGGACCGCGGGGUUAUGAGAGAUUGCAGUAUCACUCUGAUAUUUGAAGCCGGGUGAAUCCUAGGCCUUACAGCGCAGAUCUUCGCGGUUUUCCCAAAUUGCUAAACCAAUCACUGGCUGCAGAAUUUUAUUGACAGGUAUCGUCUGGGAAUUGCGGGCUGUUUUGGGCCCUCCUAGCAAGAAUUGACGGGCAAGCGUCGUCGCGGCGUCUUGGACGGAGGAAAUCGUCAUCUUCCGCUCAUCGUUUGAAAAACUUCUCGCUCACGAACCAUAUCGGAGAACACAAGUAGAGGCUAAUGAGACUUCCUCCCGAAAUCAUUACACUGCUGGCGACAGUCGCUAGUAACUUAGAAGUUGGCAUCGUUCAGUCAAUGGAACAUAGGUUGUUCGCGGCAGGAUGGGUGUAGACUGCGUAAUCCAGCGACAUCACGGAUUUCUUGUCCGGCGCUCACAGUGCAGCCUUUGGUACAGAAGAAGCGCUUCAUCCGGGGCAACAGAUGAGAGAGCAUCGAGCAGACACCAGCCUGCUUCAAGUCUUCUCGCUUUCUUCACUCACACAUCUUUUUCUCGUAAUCCAAGAUUCCCCGACCCUUUAAAUACUAAGAUUCAUCUCAAUAGUAUUGUGACCUUGGUCAUUGCCGGAUAUGCACUUUUUGCCGCCGUCCAUCCAGCCCACCAGGAGAGCUCGGACCUCCUCGACUUCAAGUCCAACAUGCGUCGCGGCUUGCAGAAUUGUGCUGCCAAGUUUGAGCGCAAUGGUCUCAGCGCACGUGCGGAGGCUCGUCGUAGAGCCUUGGUCAAUCUGCACCGCAAGCGUCUGACUGCACGGGAUACUAUGUCGGUGCUCAGCGCGUCCCACCUUGUCACUGGGACCGACAUCACCCCCAACUCUCCCAGCAGCAAGAUCUUUGGCAGCAGCAACACCUGCAUCCUCAGUCCGGAAACUCUGUUUGGUCCAUACUAUGUUCCGGGGGAGUAUAUUCGCUCAAGCCUCAGCGAAAACCAGUCGGGUGUGCCCGUUGUCAUCGAGGCCCAAUUUGUGGAUGUCGAAACCUGCGAGCCCAUCGCCGAUUGGUAUUCGGAUACCUGGAGCUGCAAUGCCACCGGUAUCUAUUCCGGCCUCGUCGCCAAUCACAACGGAAACACCGAUGACAGUUCUAACCUGAACAACACAUUUCUUCGUGGUGUGCAAAAGACGGACACCGAUGGUGUCGUCACUUUCCACACUCUCUUUCCAGGCCACUACCCUACCCGCACGAUCCAUCCCCACCUGGUCGCUCAUCUAGAUGUGACGGUCCUCGAUAACAACACCAUCUCCGGUGGUACCGUAGCCUACAUCGGCGAGGUCUACUGGGACCAGGACCUCAUUGAUGAUGUGGAGGCCACAUAUCCAUACAACACCAAUACCUUCACUCUUGCCACCAAUGAGAAAGACCUUCUCUUUAUCAAUCAGACUAAGAAAUCUGGCUUUGACCCCGUGUUGAACUGCGUAUAUCUCGGUGAUAGCUUGUCUGAUGGUCUCUCUGGAUGGGUGACUGUUGUGGUCAAUGUUUCUGCUACCUAUGACCCGAGAUACAACGCCAUCGAUACCUCAACUGGGCAGCAGCCAGUCCGCUGGUGGCGGUAUCCAGCCCAGAAGAGGCCCAGAAUAAUCUCAAGAAUUUUUUUCUCAUCAGAAGACUCCGUGGAGUAGAUAAGAGGAAGGCUCGUUGGAGCGUUGUAGACAGUCAUGUAUUGCGCUUGAGUUCGACAUUGAUCACAGUGUACUCGAUUUGACCUAAAGUAUCGGCGAUUCGUUCUUUCAUCCUAACACCAGCAGCUAUGCCAAUUGUAUCAAGUCAGUUGUCUAGAGAGGUAUCUUCCCCGGUCACAUGAUGUAAGGAGUAAGAGUAACGCGCUCUCGCGCAAUUUCCUGAAUCGGACUCAAUUGGCGUACGAGAGACGCGUUUUGCGCCGCAAUAUUAGUUUCGUCUUUCAAAUACACCACACAAGACAUAUUGUAAAAGUUUUAAUAGAAUCCAGACGUAGAUCAGCAAUGAACCGCUCAAC